AUGUCUCAUUGUCACGACGAGCACGACCAUGGGCAUGACCACUCAGACGACAUCACACCUGCAUUGCAACACUCACUCUACGAACAAGUUCAUUUUGACGAGAUUGUCACGCUCAAUGAAGCAACACGCGACUCAGGCAAGAAGAUAGUGAAGAAGACCUGGGCAGAGCGCCUGGAACUUGAGCCCGAGCUAGAGAGCGAUGCCGACGAGCAGCUCCUGAUGACUGUGCCGUUCACCGCACAAGUCAAGCUACACUCCAUCUUACUGCGUACGUCGCCAUCAGAUGACGCCCCAAGAACACUCAAAUUGUUCAUCAACAACGCCAACCUCGACUUCCAAUCAGCCGAGGACACACAUCCCACGCAGACCCUGGAGCUCUCGCAGACGUCUGACAUUCAGGACAUUCCUCUCAAGCGCGCCCUCUUCUCCAAGGUGCAGCGUCUGAGCUUGUUCUUUGAGGACAAUUUUGGAGAGGACACUACUAAAAUAAGCUACCUCGGUUUCAAGGGCGAGUGGACGAAACUGGGCAAGGCGCCGGAGAACAUUAUCUACGAAGCCGCGCCCCAGCUAGGGGAUCACAGGAUCAAGGGGACUGGAAUCAACGACGUCGGCAGCGGCAUUGGGGGGGACAAAUGA